UCUCUAGCUGUAGUGUCGGUAGCGUACCGAGAGCGUUCGGUCGUUCAGUUGGUUCAGUGCAGUGACAAAUUCCGAGUGUGUCUGCUACCUUAGCUGCAGCGCCUGCUGGUGAAGUCACGAGCGCUGCGUUAACGUUCCUACCGUUUGCUCUGUCAUUUCGCACUUCCCGCGAGAGAUGCCGCCUAACAGGAAUCCGCCAAUCAAGUACACGCAGCUCUUCAUAAACAAUGAGUUUGUCAACAGUGUCAGUGGUAAAACAUUCCCAGUGUUAAAUCCAACCACUGGUGCAGUAAUUGUGGAUGUUCAAGAAGGUGACAAGUUGGAUGUAGACAAGGCAGUUCAAGCAGCAAGACAAGCUUUCAAGCUCGGCUCAACAUGGCGAACAAUGGAUGCCUCAAGGAGGGGCCUGUUGCUAAACAAGUUUGCUGACCUGCUACAGCGUGAUAAGGAGUAUUUGGCUAGCCUUGAAGUGCUAAACAAUGGGAAACCCUAUGUAGAGGCACUCUUUGACAUUGACUGUUCUAUUGACUGCAUUCGUUACUACGCUGGUUGGAGUGACAAAAUUCAUGGGAAGACUAUACCAAUUGAUGGAAACCACAUCAGCUUUACACGGCAUGAACCAAUUGGAGUAUGUGGCCAGAUUAUUCCUUGGAACUACCCUGUGCUAAUGGCCUGCUGGAAGCUGGGGCCUGCCCUGUGCACUGGCAAUGUUGUGAUUCUCAAGCCUGCUGAGCAGACACCACUAACUGCACUGUACUGUGCCAGCCUCAUCAAAGAGGCUGGCUUUCCACCAGGUGUUGUCAAUGUGAUUCCAGGUUAUGGUCCAACGGCAGGAGGUGCCAUAGCCAGCCACCCUCAUGUGGAUAAGGUUGCCUUCACUGGAUCCACUGAGGUGGGAAAACUCAUCCAAGAAGCAGCAGGAAAAUCAAACACCAAGCGAGUCACUCUGGAAAUGGGUGGGAAAAGUCCAUUGGUUAUCUUUGAUGAUGCUGAUUUGGACCAGGCUGUCGAGAUUGCUCAUGGAGCAGUGUUUGCCAAUAUGGGACAGUGCUGCUGUGCUGGCACUAGAACGUUUGUACAAGAAGGCAUCUACAAGGACUUUGUGGCAAAGGCCAAGCAGCUAGCCAAGCAACGCGUUGUUGGUGACCCAUUUGAUGAGAAAACUGUGCAAGGUCCUCAGAUUGACAAAGAGCAGUACACCAAGAUAUUGGAUCUAAUGAAGUCAGGCAAGGAGCAAGGAGCCAAGGUGGAGUGUGGUGGAGAUGCUGUGCCAGGAAGCAAGGGACUGUUCAUCCAGCCAACAGUGUUUUCAGAUGUGCAAGAUCAUAUGCGUAUUGCAAAGGAGGAAAUUUUUGGACCUGUUCAGCAGAUCCUGAAGUUCAAAACACUUGAGGAAGUGAUUGAGCGCUGCAACAACACUACCUAUGGACUUGGCUCUGGAGUUCUGACCAAAGACAUUGACAAGGCCAUGAUGUUUGCUCAGGGUGUUCAAGCUGGCUCUGUUUGGAUCAACUGCUAUGAUGCGACAACACCACAGACCCCGUUUGGUGGCUUCAAGAUGUCUGGACAAGGCCGUGAGCUUGGAUAUGCUGGAAUCAAUGAAUAUGUUGAAAUAAAAACGAUUACAAUGCAGGUACCGCAGAAAAAUUCGUAACCUUUCAAGCAGUGAGCAGCUCCUAUGGUUUUUGUACAACGAAAUUGAUCCAACAUACAAAGGUGUUCCUUCAAAGUCACAAGAAAUUUUUUGUUGAUGUUCAUCGUAAAGACUUCAUCUAGGUCAGCAUACUUGCGCUGAUCUUGGUAGUCAAGUUUUGCUGUAUGUGUGUUUCUGCCAGUUUGUAAUUUUUGAAUAAAUGUGAAUGCCUGUUCUGGCUAGGC